UCGCCUGCCGAGACUGAAGCAAUCUUACCUACUCAACAUGAAGUCACUUUUCCUCCUCUUGCCUCUGCUUGGCACUAUCCUCGCCCUCCCGCAGGAUAUCCAGGGCAGCAACUGCGAAGCUAAUUGUCCCUUCGUCAGGUGCGAGACUGAUGAUCCGCAGAAACUAUGCGAAUGCAUCAACAACCGAGAAAGCCUCUGCAAGGAAAUAUGCCCUACGUACGAACCAGUCUUCGUAGCAUGCCCUCCCCUGCCAACCCCUAUCAAGGCCGCAGACCCAGCACCAUCCACAUGCGUCUGCGAACCCGUUUUCUGCAUUCAGUCAUGGCCCGAAUCCUGCUACUGCGAGAACGAUGCCAAAAAAGCGUGCUACGACAAGUGCGGCGGCACGCCACCUACAUACGCCACUUGUCCACCUCGCACCGUAACAGCCCGCGAGCCAGAAGCCGCGCCAGAAGCCGCGCCUGAGACCUGCAAAUGCGACAAUACCUACUGUACCCAGGUCUGGCCCGACUCGUGCUACUGCGCCAACGAUGCAAAGAAAGCAUGCUAUGAAAAGUGCGGCGGGCAAAUCCCAACAUACAACACCUGUCCGCCUCGAGGCGUGUCCGCUCGUGCACCAGCCCCAGUCCCAGCACCACCAGCGCCUACUCACGAACCAUUGUGUGUAUGCGAAGAAGUCAUGUGUAUCCAAUCGUGGCCAGAGUCCUGUCUCUGCGCCAACGACGCAAAGAAGAAAUGCUACGACAAGUGCGGCGGUGUGAAGCCAGUGUACCAAGACUGCUCUCCGCUCGACGACAUAACGGCAGUCCCCCGGUCAGCAGAACCCACCGACGAGUGCAAGUGCACUGAGAUUCAAUGCCUGCAAAUCUACCCCGAGGGAUGCUACUGUGCCAACUAUGCAAAGGAGCUUUGCUACAAGGAGUGUGGCGGCGAGAAGCCUGUGCUAGAGAGUUGCCCACCCAUCUCCAUUCCUAGUCUGACCACUAAAACCAUUCACCCUACGACAGCAGUAGCUGCAGCCCGCCGCGCAACGCCUACAAACCAAGUCUGUGGCGGAGGCCGCGGCUCGCCCCACCCAGACUGCCCCUCUGGCCAAAUCUGCAUCACGAAUCCAUUUGACAAGGGCUCUUGUGGCCCUGCCUGUGACCAAACGGGUAUCUGUGUCGAGGACAAGCUGUGUGGUGGUUUUGGCGGCUUCGCGUGCAAAAAGCAGGGUCAGAUUUGCGUGGAUGAUCCUAGGGAUGACUGCGAUAGCGAGCAUGGGGGCUCAGACUGCGCCGGCUUGUGUGUUUGGCCGCAGUAAGUGUUGAUGGCGGUAUGGAUAUGGUGUGGGUAUCGACUGCGUCUAUUCUUUUGAGAGUACGGUCUUUGUUCGAUUUCCUUUCUCAAAAGCACGAGUUCGGUCCUUUGUAAGUUACGGUAGCAUGUUAUGCUCCAUGCAUUGUGUAUCCCUCACCUUUUCACAUCAAAUGCUGUCACGGUAUUCAAUGUCCACGCAUGUAUUUUUCAUGGUAUCGCAGGCCAUUAUAGUACAAUCGUCAUCAUGAAAGAGUUGGGGCCCAGAACAGCACGGAGCUGACUACCCAAUGGGAUAAGAUGGUGAAAUACGCCCUUGAACUCCAGCUUCCGUGCAGAAGCGACCAAUCAAAGCAA